AUGCGUAUUGUCCCUUACGUCCACGACAGCAGAAAAGCCCACAGCAUAGGCCUCUUUGCUGGCGCGGAAAAGCCAUUGGCGGCCACAAAUUUAGACAGUGUUGAUGCUGCAAUUCCUCACGUGGAGCUCAGUGCCAGCGACAUCAAGCACUGGAGCGAUCCCGAUGACAACGAGGAUCCCGACCGGGUCGAGCCUGGCACAGAGCAGGACGGCACUCCGCGCGGCGCAAACGAAAUAAGCCUCUUGCAGGAUGAAAAAGACAAACGCAAGCUCUGGCGAUAUCUCUAUCGGGCGACUGCCAACCUGAAAAGCUCCAACCAGAUUUAUGGCAAAACUCUAGCCACACUCAACAACAAAGAGAAUCGGACCGAUGAGCAAGCCAAAAAACUGGUCAGCCAGCCAGGGUCUACCAUAAAGCCCAGCUACAGCAUGGAUGAGCCCGUCCAGUUCAACCCUUACCCGAGCUACAACAGCGACGAGUGGCAGAGCGACGGCUAUGCCCCCCACAUUGCCUGCAAAGGCGCAAAUGGAAAGCCGAUUGACGACGUCAUGGUAUUCAAAGGUCGCCCUGAGAACUUUCCCGCCAAUCUCAUGGGCAGCUACCAGGCACUCAACCUCGAUCCUAACAUCUGUUGGGAGCGCGAUACGCGACUCGGCACAUACGGGCUCCUUGAGCAAACGAAACAAACUGGCGGUCGUUUGCAGCCCUUAAAAUGGGACAAAGUCGACUGGGGCAAACUGCAGCGAACAUGUACUAAGAGCAACGCAAAACGUUUUAGGAACGACGUCGGCCGCAACAACCCAUACCUUGCUGCUUAUCCCGAGACGCAACGUUUCAUUCCAGCCAAGUCAGUCACUGGCCAAGCACAGCUCUCUAUAAAAGGCAACGGAGAGAUUUAUAACUCACCCAACGUCGAGGUCCGCGGUACCCCGUCGGCUGACACAGCGUCCGAUGCGAUGACCGUCGAGGCGGCGUCGCAGUACACGACAGAAAACCGCACUGCACUUCUAUUGCGGUCCUAUACCGGCAAAAAAUACACCGAGAAUGACAAGCAAAACAUUCGCGCCCUUAUCACUGAGCUUUCGCUGAAAUCAGGGGGUGAAUACGAGGUCUUCUUACUUGUCCAGGUCAGAGACGACUCUAAAGACAUUUUCGGGAAUCAGCAAGACUAUCUACAAGUUCUCUUUGAGCAUGUUCCUGUCGAGUUUCAUGGUCUCACAGUCCUCUGGAACGAUCAGGCUGUCAAGGAAAUUUAUACCGAGAUGCAGGACGACUUUGAAAGAGACGUACACACUGCACAAUGGCUUUCGGUCCAGAAGUUCAGCUACGACCACCCAGAAUUCGAGUACAUCUGGAAUUGGGAAAUGGAUUUCCGCUACACCGGCCACCACUACGAUUUGCUCGACAAUAUCCAUAAAUUUGCGCGAAAACAGCCCCGCAAAGGUUUGUGGGAGAGAAACGAGCGCUGGUACAUUCCCGAGUACCACGGCGAUUACGACACUACUUUCCGAAAGUCGAUUGAACAACAAUAUGGCGACAGUAUUGUGUGGGGACCUCCAGACCUGCCUUUCAUCAACCCGCAAGGACCAACGCCACCGUCGACGCCGUCCGAGGACAAUUACGAAUGGGGCGUUGGAGAAGAUGCGGAUGUGAUUACUGUCGGCCCGAUGUUCAACCCGAUCAACAGCCUUUGGAUCAUUGGUGAUCACGUUUGGGGCUACUAUGACGAGAAUCACAGGAGAGAAGACGUCCCCAGACGAACUACGAUUGUCACGCACUCUCGCAUCUCGAAGCGCCUGCUCAGCCUUAUGCACACCGAGAAUAUACGAGGUAACCACGUCGCCUCGGAAAUGACACCCCAGACAGUGGCGCUGCAUCACGGGCUCAAGGCUGUCUUCGCCCCUCAGCCAGUCUUUAUGGACCGCAAAUGGACUGGGUCUUUUGUCAACAAGUGGUUCAAUGCUGGGCCGGACGGUGCUGCCGGCGGCUACGGCAGCGCCAUGGGCUGGGGCCGCGAGCGUCGCUACCAGGGUACCACGUGGUACUAUCGAGCCGAGCCUCCCAAUCGCCUCUACAACAACUGGAUGGGGUGGGAAGACACCGGUAUUGGCGGCACCAAUUGGGAAAAGUACAACGGACGCCCGUGCCUACCGUCCAUGAUGCUUCAUCCUAUCAAGAACUCAGAGCCGACGAACAAAGGCCACGCCACGGGCUUUGAUCUUGGGUAUGGCUAA